AUGAAUGAAGAAAAUGAAAAGAGUUAAGAAAUAGCAAAAGAAAUGUUAUUAGUAGGCCUAAACAACCCUGAAUUAAACGAUAACAUUGAUAAGGAAUGGAAUUCAAGGAGAAAUCAACCAAGACCAAAGACAGCUUUACAUGAUAGAAGAUAAUAAUAAUUAUAAGAAUUGAAAGAGUAAUUUUUAUCAUCACAUAAUUUAUAACAAAAGUAAGUUAAAUAAGAAAAAGUGGUUUAAUAAGUUCAUAAUAAUUUUUAACCUUUACCAUAAAAUAAGGAAUUAGGAGCACAAUUUGUUAAUGGAAUAGAAAAAUUUAAUGAGAACUAAACAAGAGAUUCUGGUGUAGCAAUUUGUUAUAAUUUGAUUGAGAAAAAUAAAGACUUAUAGUCAGUAUAAACAAUGAUAGAAUGUUUGUAUAGCAGUUCAAAAAAAAAUAUAAAUCCAAAGACAAAUAGUUAAAAUACAUUAGCAAUAGAUAUGGAAUUGAUGACUUUAGGAGAAAUAAUAAAACAGAAUGAAGAGAACUUAAAUGCGUAUUUAAUUGAUAAAAUUUUUCAAAUAAUAAAAAAGCACAUGAAUGUACUAAUUAAUUAUAUAUAGAGUAAUUCAGAUACAACUGUUUAAGCUAUAAGUUAUGUUUUGAUGUAAUUGUAAGCUCAUAUCAGUAUUUCAAAUACAUAUUAAGAAAUAAAUGAAUUUAUUUAUGACAAAGGGAGAUAAGUAUAAGUGGCAACAAUUUUAUCUUUAUUAUGUUAUUAUUUAAAAUAAUAAAAUAAGACAGAUGAUGUGAUUAUUUUAGGAUAAUUAAUUUUUGAUAUUUAUAAGGUNAACAAUUUUAUAAAUAAUACAAAUAAUUUGAAAAAUUCUACAAAAUCUAAUAAAAUAUUUUCUGAGAGCGAAUAGAAGAUUGAAACUCAAUUAUAUAAAUUAAAUAAAAUUAAAGAAUUUCAGGAAGGAUGA